AUGCACAGUGGCCCUACACUUUGGGCGCCUCUCACAAAGAAGUCUACCGCCACCUGGUGGCACAACAGUGGAAACACAUUUCUUAAAUCCUUGGCUAUAAUCCAUAAAAUUGAAAAUAUAAACGCAGCUGGUUUCCUCCCUUGAGUGUGUCUUGGAUAUUUGAUGUGUGACACAUGCUCAUAUGCGAGCAAGGCACAGCAGAAUGUCCUGCACAUGCUCGCAGCCAACGGCUCUCUAACUGCAGCAUGCAACUACACUGACUUCAGGCCUGGAGUCAAGAUGAUUUUAGGGGCCCUAUACUCUGAGGAGUUUGCUGAGGCCAGACUGCUGAAUGUGUACAUGGUCCCUCUUCUGAGCAGCACAUCAUCUUCACCAGAGCUGCAGAGUGACAAGCUCACCUACCCUGGUUUUAUUCGUGCCAUUCUCAUUAAUAUUCACCAGACCAAAGCACUGGCCAAACUUAUGAGUAACUAUCGCUGGAACUGGGUCGGUGCUGUGUAUGGAGACGAUGAUUACUACAAGGCAGCUUUUGAUAGCUUCCUCAGGGAUGCUGGUGCAAAUAAUGUGUGCUUGGCCUACCAGGAGGUGGUGCCACAUUACCUCGAUCAUGAGAACAAUGAGCAACUCAUCCAGCAGGUGGCUCAGUAGAUCCGUUCCUCCAAAGCCCAGGUGGUUCUGCUCAUCCUCAAGGUAGAGCUGGUGGAGUUGCUCUUUAAGGAAUUGAUCAGGACGAGCACAAACCGGUCCUGGAUAGCCAGUGAUAUAUGGUCCCGGACUGGUGCCCUAGCUCAGAUGGAUGGUAUUAACAGGGUUGGACACAUCUUGGGCUUCACCUUUGUUGCAAGCAAGAGUGAAUCAUUUGAUAAUUAUCUGAGGAAUCUUUCAGUAGCCCCAGGAGGAUACAACCACUUCAUUGAAGAAUACAAGAGCCUGAGAUUCAACUGCUCCUCUGACCUCUUCUCAGGGAACUGA